GAGACUUUACAUCAGAAGAGUUACAAAGUGUGUUACGUGGUUGUCCCAUUCUUUCAGGCUGUUGGCCUGAAGUAGGACAAAAUAUUUAAAUAAUGGAGUAUGGUGUUUAUUAUUUUUAUAUUUUUUUUUUGUGAGUGUGGCGUAUUUGUUGUAUUCUUUAUUUGAUUUUUUAAUGCAAAGUAUAAGGGAGGUACACUCCAGUCUAGUAGGUGGCGGUAAUGCAACAUUUAUUGGACUGCCGUUAAACCUCAUCAUAGAAGAAGAAGUAGUAGUUUCGUUUCAUAGCGAGUGCUUUGGGACGGACAUUUUCCACAACUACCUUGCGCUCUAGUCUACUUUGAGCCACAAAGGCAACAUUUGUGAAGCCAGCCUAAAAGGAGUUGGCAACGUUUUUUCGAGAUUAUUAUUCCUUGAUGGCCUCCAUCGUGCCUGCAUUGGAUUUGGAAAGAGAAAUGCAGCUGAUGAAGCUCUUUCCAGAACCUAUCCGGCUUCACAUGCUCUACAAGGGAACCCACCAUGGAUUUCAAUUGACAACCAUAUUCUCCAAAUUCGACAAAGUUGGAAGAUUCAUACUUUUGGUGUAUUUAGAGUCAGGGUCGGUAAGAGGGGGCUACCUAAGCAAACCUCCUAAAGUGAAACAAGAGGAUGGGGAUGCAUUUCUCUUUGAGCUAAGUCCGCAUAGUGUAUCCAAAUAUUCACCACAGGAUUGUUCAAAUGCAGUAGUUUGUAAGCCAGACAUGUUAUCAUUUGGUGGGUGCCUAACAUUGCAUAUGAUUCAUGACUUUGACUAUUUGCUGAAGUUAAACCUUGCAUCUGAUGAGAGUUACACACGAACUGAGUGGGUUGAAGGUAAACAUACAGCAUUUGUGGAGGUGGAAUUGCAACGUGUUCAAGAUGUUGGGAGUGUGCUGCUUACCGGCCCUUGGAGGAUCCUGGCAUGGACUGAGAAGUAGGCUAUGCAUUAUUUCUAAUAUUUUAGAGAACAAGAUUGAUAUGGUCAUUUAUACAGUCAACUUAUAAGCAAGGUCACAUUUUCAAUGACCAAAUAUUUACCCCACAAAUCAAGAAAUUGGUUGUAGCCUUCUUGCUAUAAAAAGGCAAACACAUCUGAUGACUAAACAAUAUUUCAUGAUAUUUAUAACUUCUCUCAAACUCAUGUCACUAGGGACAGGGAUGCUCUGAAGGAGAAUCUGGUCUCCUUCAAACCAGCCUGCCAGUCUCUGAAGCGGGUCAGGGUUCUGCUGCUGGGUCAGGAAAAUCCAGCUUUAUUAACUCUAUCAGAUCUGUGAUGUAUGGGCAAGUUGUUCUGCUGCCCAAUAUUGGCAUUUCUGCUGAGGGCUUUACCAAGAGGCUCAAAUGCUAUGACAUCCGGUCAGAGAGAGGGGGGAAGCCCACAGCUCUGACCCUGUGUGAUGUGUUGGCUCUGGGGGACGGUGAGACGACUGGCCUGACCCUCCCAGACGCACUGGCUGUCAUCAACGGGCACGCCCCCGAGGGAUACAAGUUUCAAAGUGAAGCCCCCAUUGAUGCCAAGUGUGCAGGCUACAGACCUGAGCCAUCGAUGAAUGAUAAAAUCCAUUGUGCGGUGUUUGUGCUGGAUGCCUGCCAAGUGUUAACCUACAGUGAGGGCCAGCAAACUACAAUGAGGAGAUUCCAUUCUGAGCUGUCAGACCUUGACAUCCCCCAGGUGGUUCUGUUGACCCAUGUGGACCAAGUGUGUCAUGCCGUCCAAGAGGAUGUGAAGUUUGUUUACACCGGCCGCAUCCUACAGGAGAAGAUGCAGAAAGCAGCAGAGGUGGUGGGGUUGUCUGUGUCCCAUGUGUUUCCAGUGAAGAACUACUCCAGUGAACUGUCUGUGAGCUGCAACACUGACAUCCUGCUGCUGAAUGCAGUUCAUCACAUUCUUCAAGCCGUGGAUGACACAUUUGAAGACUACUGCCCACCAUCUCCCUCUCCUUUAUCUACUGGUCCCCAGCAUUCCACCUCAACUCCAGUCACUGUUUAGAAUGUGUUCCAAGUAGGCUAGUGUGUGUGGCCAGUCAAUGUCAAAAAUGAGUAACACCUUUUUCACAUUUUUACCUCACUGACAUGGUGCAAAUGCAUACACUCAACACCAUAUGUAUUUGGAGUGUGAAGCGAACAUUUAAAAUGUGGCUCUAUACUCAAAGAUUUUAAUUGGAGAUCAAAUGUUUCAUGAGUCUUCUCUUUUAUUUGAGGGUAUUUUCAUAUCUCUUUUACCAUUUGUAAAUGAAAGCACUUUAUGUAUAUCGUCCCUCCAUUUUGAAGUCCUAAGUAUUUGACCAAAUUCACUUAAUUAACAAAUGUUCAGAAACACUCAGAAAUAAAAUGCCUCCAGAAUUCACCAUUCAGUUCCUAUUGGACAAAACGUUUGCGUCGAAGGAAUUUGUAGCAUCACAAGCUUGAAGUCAUUUUGUGCUAGGAAUAUGGGACCAAAUAGUGAAAUUUUGACUAUUUUAAUGCAUUAUUAUUGAAAUUGUCCCAAUACUUGACUUCUAAUAAGUUGACAAAGGAGAGUGAUGGAGUGCUGCGUCAGAUGACCUGACCUCAACCCAAUUGAGAUUAUUUGAAAUGAGUUGGACCGAGGAGUGAAGGAAAAGCAGGCAACACAUGCUCAUUAUAUGUGGGAACUCAUUCAAGACUGUUGGAAAAGUUUAUUUCAUAGUUGUGAUGUCUUCACUAUUA